UUCCUGCGUCUCCUGGUGCUGUUCCUCCUCAACCUCCAUCCUCCUCACUGCCUCUUGCCAUCCAAGGGCUUGGGCUCCAGAGCUCUAAAGGUGUGCCGUCCGCCGGCCGGGCGCUGUGAACCACCGUUGGGAAACCGAAGCCGCGGGCGCGCGCGAGGAGCGAGAUGUACCCGGCCUGCUAUGGCCAGAUGCUGCGCGGCACUCACGGGCUGUCGGUGCCGGCGAGGGAUCCAGCGUGCCCCCUGACGCCGGACCCGUUUCCGAGCCCCGAGUUCAUCGAGAGCGACGGUCUUGCGAGCGGACGCGUGACCCCGACCUGCGCGGUGGUCUCUGGCCGCGGCCAGUACCAGAAGUCUGUCCGCCAGCAUCAGCACCGAGCUGUGCCGCAUGCUGGAGCAGCAGGGGAAGCAGGAAGGGCGCACCGCACGGGGUACGGCUACGUGAGCCUGAGGCAGGCGAUCUCCGCGGCAGUGCCACCAUCGCCAGCCAGGCCGCAGGCCACGCCAGCAGGAGGAGAAAGUGGAGGAGAGAAGGAGGAAGUGGAGAAGGAGACAGAGGAAUCGUCCUUGUGCCAUCGCCUCCGCCAGCCAGUUGGCAUCGCCGACGCAGGCCACGCCAGCAGCUGCGCCGGGCCUCAGGGAGCUGCCGCCACCGCCCUCCCACGGGGUUGUCUCCGUCGGGAGCCUGGGCCACCCCCACGCCUGCAAGGGUGCGUGCAAGCACUUCAAGCGCAAGGCGGGCUGCAUGAUGGGCGCGGAGUGUGACCGCUGCCACCUGUGCCACUGGCAGCGCACGGGCAAGGAACCCCAGCGCCCGGCGACCGCCCAGCAUGUUGUGGCCGCCGUUGCCACAGCGCAGGCGGCAGAGGCGGAUGCUCACCAGCCCGCGGCCACGCCUCCGCCUGCUGGGGCGCUGCCCUCGCGCGCGGCCGCGCCUUCCUGGGACGAACCCGCGUACGUGCCCGUGCCGCCCAGCGCGGGAUGCGCCGUGGCGGCAGG